GAUUUUUUUUCAGUUGCUUAUUGUUCCCUUUCUUUACCCUCUCUCUCUCCCUCUUUUUUUACCUCAGGGAAAUGGACAUUUUUAAACAUUUCAACACCUAAUAUGGUGGUUAUACUGCGAUCUAAAUUGGCCUUGAACUUUCAACUUUUGGACUGGACAUUAUCCCUUUACAGCCUUUCCUUUCACCAAUCUUUCAUUACAUCUCCACUUUGUUGUUCUGUAUUUUUCUAGGAGUAAACAAAAGCUUUAAAGUAGAUGAAAAGGUAUUAAAGAUGGUCAGUUUUUGUUGUUUACUUUUCUGUCACACUAAGGUAAGUUUUGAAAGUGUGCCUUAGAGCAAUAAUGAAGAGUAAAAAAAUUAAGGGAUGAGAAGGAUUUAUGGUCAUUAGCUUAAAACCAUAAAACAUAGAUUAGCCUGAGUUGAGCUUCAGUUUCAUCGAUCCUAAUUGCUAAUUGCUUGCAUAUAUUGGGCUUGUGUAUAGAUGUUAUACUCAAUGAGCUCAAGGUAAUCUACUUUUUAUGAUUUUAGUUUCAAUUUCUUUUCUUUUCUUUUUGUUCUUUUUCUUCAACUGAAACUUCAAUUUCAUCUUGAGACACUUGCUUUUAAUUCUUGGUUCACUUGUUGGUUAAAAAAAGUACUUUUAUCCCAUCUGCUUUUAAGCUUUUGUCUUGAGCUUAAUUAACGGCUUCAAUAUUGAACCUAUUUUAAGUCAAUCAAAUUGUCUAUUUUCAUUUGUUUUCAAAAUUCAAACUAAAAAAUGUUGGCUCUUUAAACUUUCGUAAUUGGCGCCUGAUUCCGUUGAAAUCCAAGUUUAAUUUGGUUUUAUAUCGAUAACUCUUAUGCAGUUAUCGAUAUAUUGCAUAUCCAGAAAUAUCGAUAGCUAUCGAUACUGUUGUUCAACUCUAGGUUUUUCAAUGUUAAGACCUGGUUGAAAGUUUAAAUGAAAUAUUUUGGCAACUAAAUAAAAGUUUAUGAAGUUAUCUCUACGCUUUUAAAUUGUAUUAAUAGUUUUUAAAUUGAUAUUUGUAUUUUAAUUUAUAAAAGUAAAAAUGAAGAUUAAGAUCAAAGCUGUUUACAGAGGUGUGAUUAUGGUAAUAUAUGUUGAACAAACUAUCAAGUUGGACCCUUUUUUACACCAAAUUAGAGAUACUUUCGGCUUUAAUAUUGAAGAUGUGUUUACAAUUAAAUUCAUCGAUGAUGAAGGUGAUCCGUGCACAAUAUCAUCUAAAUUGGAAUUUGAAGAAGCUUUAAGGUUAACAUUGGAUAUCGAGACAGAUAAACAACCCGAAAUGAUCAUUCAUAUUUUCCCUGGUACACCAAGAGAGCCAGGAGAGCCCUGUCCAGGAGAAGACAAGAGCAUCUAUCGUCGCGGAGCUCGCCGUUGGAGAAAAAUAUACAAGGUUAAUGGUCACUCUUUUCAACCUAGAAGAUUUAACAAAGUUACACCUUGUAUUUAUUGUGGUGAUCAAAUUUGGGGCUUAGGAAGGCAGGGAUUCAAAUGUCUUUCAUGUAAGCUUAUGGUUCACAAGAAAUGUCACAAAUUACUUCAAACAAGUUGCACUGGUCAACAAAUUACAAGAUCUACCAAUGGAUCUUCAAUUCGAAGUUCUACUGAUUUAAAAGCAGAGCGAUGGAGAAAUAGAACACCAAAAGAUCGCGCAAGAUCUAGACAUUCCAAGCAAUCACAUUCAUCUGAUUCGAGUACUGCUGACAACAAUCGACAGAAAUCACCAGCACCAACACCAACACCGCCUGCAACAGCAAAUAGUGAUCAAGCAGUUGAACUGAUCGUUGCCGAGAAUGGUGCUCGUCAUCGACCUUAUAGGUUAGAUGAUUUUGAUCUAAUCAGAGUUAUUGGUCGAGGAUCAUAUGCAAAAGUAUUACUUGUUCAACUUCGAGAAACAAAGCGUCCGUAUGCAAUGAAAGUGAUAAAAAAAGAAAUUGUAGCUGCCGAUGAAGACAUUGAUUGGGUCCAAACGGAGAAACAUGUUUUUGAAAUUGCUACUGGCUGUGAUUUCUUAGUUGGACUGCAUUCCUGUUUCCAAACUGAGGCUAAAUUGUUUUUUGUUAUUGAGUUUGUCAGUGGCGGAGACUUGAUGUUUCACAUGCAAAGGAAACGCCGAUUACCCGAGGAUCAUGCUAGAUUUUAUGCAGCUGAAAUUUCCUUGGCCUUGAAUUAUUUGCAUGAAAAAGGAAUCAUCUAUAGAGAUCUAAAAUUGGACAAUGUUCUUCUUGAUCAAUACGGUCACAUCAAACUAACUGAUUAUGGUAUGUGUAAAGAAGGCAUGCGACCAGGAGAUACAACGAUUACCUUCUGUGGAACUCCUAAUUACAUUGCUCCUGAAAUAAUUAGAGGAUGUGAAUAUUCAUUCAGUAUUGAUUGGUGGGCUUUGGGCGUUCUCUUGUAUGAAAUGUUAAUCGGUCGUUCACCAUUUGAUAUUCCUAAAGUAUCUGAUAGUGGAAACAAUGGAGACAGUGGUGGAGAGAGUAGUGAAGAUGCAUUAUUCAAAGCAAUAGUAACCAGAGCAAUUCGAAUAUCUAGAUCUAUAUCUGUUAAAGCCCAAAAUGUAUUGAAAGGUUUCCUUGAUAAAAAUCCCGAAACUCGUCUAGGAUGUAAUCCAGAUGGAAGUGGAUUCCAGGACAUCAAAAACCACCCAUUCUUCAGGCCAUUAGAUUGGGAACUUUUAGCCGAGAAGAAAGUGAUUCCACCAUACAUUCCAAAAAUUGAUGAUGACCCAUUGGAGCAUUUUGAUCCUGCCUUCACAACGGAACCCAUCCAAUUGACCCCACCUGAUUUGAGUAUUAUUGAUACAAUUGAUCAAUCUGAAUUUGAAGGAUUUGAAUUUAUCAACCCAGAAAUCAUGACAGUAGAAGAAGCCGUUUGAUUGAAUUGAAAUGAGAAGGCAAACAAGUUUAACUUUAAACAAAGGUUUUGGCUGAGUAAAUUAUUUGGUUGGAAGAUGUAAUUAAUUAUAUUUGAAAAUUUCAUCACCUGUAUCAUUUCUUAAUUCAAUUCAGUUUAUAUGUUGAUUUAAAGUAAAAAGAUUUUCAAAAAUAAAAACUAUGACGACUAAUGACAAUAAAAAGCUUGAAAUAAAGUCAAUUUGUUGAUUGCAAGUUGAAUGUG